AGGAAGUGGGCGGGGUUCUGAUCUGUGGCGGUCACUUCACCAACUGGGGCGUGACGUGUGGGGUUCAGACCCGCCCUUUCAAUUCCGGACGGGAAUGGGUGCACUUCCGGCGUCGCCGUUGCCUGGUGACGGUUGGGGGCGGCUGCCGUUACGGGCGGAGGCCGAGCGCUCAUGUGGGCGACCCCGGGACAGCAGGUCGGGGCCCACGGCGCUGGCAGGGGAAAUGAGUGACAGGAAAGCAGCAGGAAAAGCUGCAGCUCAGAAAGGUUCCAAACCAGCUUCACUGGUGAAGAAAUCAGGAACGGCAUCUAGAAAACCAGCAUUAGGCCAGCAAGCUGAGAGGAAAGGCACAACUAAGGAAGAGAGCAGCUCCAAGCUCCCAAGGAAAUCCAGCAAUAAGCAGAAUGAGCCAGCCCUAAUACACAGCCCGCAUAUAGAACUGAACUACAAAGAAAAGGCUGUGCUAACGUUGCAGUGUGCUUUCCGUCGCAUCCUGGCAUGCAGAGCAAGGGAGAAGCGCCUUAGGGAGCAGAGAGAAUAUACAGAGUUAAUGGAGCGCCUCCAGAGAGAGGCCUUCAUUGCGAUGGUGAAGAAGGAGCAGGAAGAAGCUGAACGAGAGAGACAGAAAGAGGAAGAAAAAAAGAAGCAGCAACGAGAAAUACAACAAAGGAAGAAACGGAUGCUGGAGGCAGCAUUUGAUGGGGAUGUGGAAGAGAUGAAGGCUGUGCUAAAGGUGUCAGAUUUGGAUACUAAGAAUGGUGUGGGUACCGAUGAAAAAGGGAAGGCCACGCGUCUCUGUAAUCACAUCGACAUGGUGGAGUGCACUGACGCUAAUGGGAACACCCCCCUUUCGGAGGCAGCAGGAGGUGGCCACCCCAGUGCUAUCAAGCUGCUGAUAGAAAAUGGAGCCAAUCCCAACUGCAAGGGAGCUUUUGGCAGGACCCCGCUUUAUCGUGCUGCUUUUGGUGGUCACAUGGCUGCAGUGGAGAUGCUUCUUCAAUAUGGAGCAGACCCCAGACUUUAUGCUGAUGAUGGCAACACGCCUGAACAAAUUGCUUCUUUGGACAGCUUGGUUGCCAUUCUGCACUCCUGGGACAUCAGCCUGACCGAGCUGAUGCUACAGAAGAUGGAGGCAGAACAGCAAAGAAGAGUUUUGCUGGAAAAGAAGCAGAAAGAAGCUGAGACUCACCGAAUGAGCGAGGAGGUGGAGCAGCUGGCUAAAGCACAGGAGAGAUGUAACAAGGAGCUGCAGCAGGCCUACUGUGAACUGAACAGGAGAAUCACGGAGCAUGACAAGUGUCAGAGAAAGCAGAUGGUCAAUGCAGAGCUGACCCUGCAGGCAAUUGGUGAUGCAGAGAUGUUGGUGGAGACUCUACGUCUGGCUGCUGAGAAAGCAGAGGAGAAACUGUCCCUGGCCAGGCUCAGGUUGCGAGAACAGACUCAGGAAGGGGUGGGGGAUGAAUUCCAAGGGCUGAAGUGCUCCGUACCAGAGCUUGAUGAUGUGCUAUUGAAGGAUGUGGGAGGCAAAAUCCAUUCAGAUGGACGAUGGCCAUUAAUCAUUGAUCCAUCUGGACAGGCUGCAACUUUCCUGCGGUAUCGAGACACAAAUUACUUGAAUACACUGAACCCAAACGAUAUGAACAUGGAGACCAUUCGACUGGCCUUGCUGGGGGCCCUCCGAUAUGGAAAGCCAGUGGUGUUUGACAUGAUGGAAGUGAACAUGUUUGAUGCUGUGAAGAGGCAGUUGGAGGGAAUAGAGUCUGGAAUGGCAGAGGCAAUUCUGAGCAAGCAGAUACUGCAGAGUGAAAGGUACCUGUCCUUAGUCAGGGCAACAGAUGGACCAGAGUAUUCACCGACUGAAUUUCAAGCAACUAGACUUGGAAACUUUAAAUUAUUUGUUGUCAUCAAACGUCACCAGCCCCCUGAGGAAUUGCUCCAAAUUCUCCUUCCAAUUCGGGUCAUUCUGGUCAAGUGCAGCCUGUAGGUAUGGGGCAACAGGCAGCAAGUGGAGUAGCAGCUGGUGUCUCAUUAAAGUGAAA